AUGGCCACGCCGAGACCGCGAAAACCGUUCUUUGACCACUUCCGCGAGAAUGUGACCGACGGCUUCAUGGUCGGCAUGUACGGCACCAUCUACCACUUGCGCGACAAGGGCGGCCUCCAGGCCAUCUGCAAGAAGGCGGCUCAUCUGAGCUGCUCUGCCGCGGUAUGUUUCGGCGUCUUCUCCGCCAUCGAUUACGCCAUGGUCUCCGCGCGCCGGAAGGAGGAGCCGUUCCUGAACUGCGCCGUCGCCGCGGCCGGCGCCUGCGGAAUUACCUUCUUGCCCAGGGGGGUCUGUUACGCCGGCGGCUCCGCUCUCAUCGGUGGUGCCCUCGGUGGGGUUCUGCUGGGCGGCCUCAGGCUGUUAGUCCUCGAAGGUGGUGACCAGAAUCUCUCGCCGCAACUAGGGUCUUCCCGCGCAAGAUAA